UGGCGCAGUCAACGACCUUCGUCAACCCCAUGUCUUCCUAUUCCCCGUUCUUCUCGUCUGGCUUCCUCGCACCGCACAGUUCUCGCCCGCAACUGCGUAUGUCGACGUCGGACUCGGAGAGCUCGUCAUGCCCGCCAUCGCCUUCCUGCACUUCUUCGCCCAUGCAUGAAGAUUUGGCCAUGGACUUCGAGCUCGCCGAGCUGCUCAAGGAGGUUACAGCCGGAUCCAGGAGAAGCGUUACACCAACCCCUGGCAGCAUCGACCAAUCAACACCUGUUCCAUCGCCGCAGACAGGCAGACUCUCCUCUUCCACUGGGUCCCAGUCCUCCUCCUCCUCGCACCCCCGCCUUCGCAAAAGACGGUCCAGCUUGACGCUGGGAGCGUCGCCGAUGGUGUCCAUCCGCUCGCCAGCUCGCUCAGCCGGAAACGCCCUCCACAUGCAGAUGCAGCUCCCACCGACAAGGUCAAGAAGCGGGAGCGUCGGGAUGAGCAUUGCGACGGAGGAGAAGAGCCUCGUGGGGCGCAUGCGCAGUGGGAGCUGCUCGAGCGUCGGACCAGGCGUCGUGGUCGAUGCACCGCAGGUGGCCAUCUCAUCAUCAUCAAAGUACGUCAGGCCUCGUCGCCUCGGCCGUAGAGUGUACACGACCCCCAUUCCCGCCCCACUUGCACCUGCGCCGACGACCCCUCUUCCCUCGCCGCCGAGUCAGCAGUCUGGCUUCCCCUCGGCUAAGGCUCCAAGGCUGCGGCCUGCGAACAUCAAUCUCGCGAGUGCUAAUCCCGUCUCGGCCGCCAUGAAGUCGCCUGCGCCGACCUCUGCCCGCGCCCGCGGUCUCUCCGUCUCGAGCAGCGCUCUUGACGGGGCUGAGAACCGCAUCGACGAGGAUAUGAAAGAAAAUUAGC